AUGUUGCUUUCACGGGCCAGGGGAUGCUGCAGGUACAUGAGGACGAUGGUCAAAUGUUCAACGUGCUGUGGCAAUUCAAGUAGCAAGCCUCUCUUUUAUUUGUAUUGUCGUGGUCUCCAUGCAGAAGCCACCAGGGAUGGGAAGGGGACAAGACCCUACGUCGACUAUGAUGAGGACCGGAAGUUAUUGGAGAGGCUGCAGAGGGACCAACUGGACGUGGGCGACCACCGGGAUGCUUUGAAGAUUAAGAAGAAAUACCUCAAGCUCCUCCGACUGUACCACCCAGAUACAUACAUAAAUGAAAAAAACGAACAGAGGAGGAAGCAGAAGGAAGAAAUCUUCCUGCACAUAUAUAGGCACUACAACAGUUUCACCGAGCAGUAUGAUGAUCACCUGUACAAGGCAGAUUAUACUGAUGAGUCUGUGUGCGAAACUGAACAGGACAGAGAAGAAAGACUCGAGCGGUACAGACGCUACUCUGAAGGGAAGAGGAAUGAUGUGUCUCACUUUCACAAGAACGUUGAAAUAUACAUCCUGGUCAUCAUCUUGGUGACCUUUGGGGGAGUCCUCCUGGUCUGCGUCUACCUACCCUUCGACGUGAACACCCGCAGGGAAGAGUGA